AUUAAAUUUGAAACUACUAUUGAAACAUAACUUGCACAUAAUUUGUUUACAAACAUUUAAAUAUAAAUAUGUACACUGUUUCUGUUGUGGGAACGGAACGUUUUUAUUGUCCACUUUGCAUUGGUCAGUGCCACUGUGACGUGGACGAAUCAGCUUAUAGCAUUUUUGAUAUCUCAACGCAACAAAUAAACAAAUAGUUCUAAAUUGGAUCUCAUUCUAAUGAUACUCAACAACAAACAAAUAGUUGGCUCUUAGUCAAGAAUUUCCUGAGUAUUGAUUGCAACAAAGCCAAGAUGAGUCUAUCAGAAAUUUCCAAGUUCUUUACUGAAAAAUCUCUGGAUGAGAUUAUUAUUAAAGCUGGAGGAACAAAGCAUACCUCUUUCAAGUUUGGCAAAGGUUUUAAAAAGGGCGACUCCUACUUGAGCAAGGUGUUCCGACUGUGUGUUUAUGGAGAACAUGAAACUCUAAAAACAAAACAAGAAAUUAAUUUGAUUAUAAAAUCUAUGCCUGACAACUUGGCUCGUAGAAAACUUUUUCGAUCGGCUGACUUCUUUCGUAAUGAAAUCUAUUACUAUACUAAGGUCAUUCCAGCUUUGGAAGAGUUUCAAAAGAGCAAAAAUCCAUUGAAUCCCUUUACCGAAUAUCCAAAGUGUUAUUUAUGUCAUUGUGAUGGAGAAAACGAUUUCAUUGCACUGGAAGAUGUUAGUUUCCUUGGAUAUGGUAGCCCAAACAGACAAGACUAUAUCUCUAUCGAUGAAUGCAGGAUAACAAUGCGAACUAUGGGACGUCUUCAUGGGAUUGGUUUGACAUUUGCUGAUCAAGAACCUAAAGCAUUCUCAGAAACUAUGGGAAAAUUGGAAGAAACUUAUUAUGGUGAGAGGAUACGAAGUUGGUAUAUGGGUUUCUUGCGCCUUGCAAUUACUGUGGCCAAAGAUGCUGUUUCCAAAACAUACCCUGGAACUAAAUAUGAAACAAUUGUCAAUAAGUACCUUCAGGAAGGCCUAUAUUCUGAUCAAAUUAAGAUUGUCGGAACAAGAGGUAAAUUCUCAAGUGUUUGUCACGGUGAUUGUUGGACUCCCAACUUCCUUACAAAAUACCGAGAAGAUGGAUCCCCAGAGGCUGUCAAAGUUAUUGAUUACCAAUUAACAAGAUGUGCUUCGAUCGCAUUGGACAUUUCGUUUUUCAUUUAUUCCUGUACAAGUCAAGAAUUAAGAGAAAAACAUUAUUUAUCAUUAUUAAAGGAUUACCACGACAGUGCAUGUGCCUUAAUUAAAGAUCUCGGUUCAAAUCCAGAUAAGGUUCUUACUUUUGAGGAACUAUUAGCAGAGUUGAAAGCAUUUGGUCGCUUUGGUUGUGGCAUGGGAAUUGAAUCUUUACCAAUGUCAUUGAUUGAGGAUGAUGAAGUGGCCGAUCUGGAUGCGAUUCAGGAAAAUGCCAUUCUCACUGAUGUUUGGAACAUUACUCCAUUUAAAGAAGAAGCGAAAAGGAAGAGAAUAGCUGAUAUAUUUAAGCACGCUAUUGACCAAGAAUAUAUACAAUGAUAUUAAUUAAAUUAGAGUUAAGCCUGAACUACAUACAUACAAACACAAAGUGAAAAAAGUACAAAAAAGUUUCUAAUUUUUCAAAUAAUUUAAAUUUUUAAAUGUCACAUCAAUUAAAUUGUUUUUGUUAUUUUCUACUUUUAUUUACUUUUUAUACUUUUUUUGACUUUGUGUUUCGAUGUAGUUCUAGCUUAACAAGUACAAAUUUUGAACUUUUCUGUGCUGAAAAACUUCAUGAAACAUAAAAUGACAGAUUGUAGAACAAGUUGGGGCGAGUUUUUUUUUCAUGAAACACAAAAACUUGUACUUUUCGGAUCUUUUCUGUGCGGAUCAGAUUCAUUAAACAGACCUAAUUACUAAUGUGACUUUGUUCCUUUAUUUUAUUAUAUAAUGUAGGUACAUAAAUGUAAUUGCGUCUUGUUUAAAAUGUUACUUUAAUAAUGUCUGUACUUCAUAUUUUUAGUAUUCUAUUA